GAGGCGGUGAUGCGGGCGCUGGCGGCCCCGGCUGCGCCGAGAGCGGAGACACAGGCUCAAGAUGGCAGAUUCCGACUGAGGCUGGGGGGGCCGAGCUCGCGCGCCGCGUUCCCUUCUCCGUUGCCAUGAAUCGCGGACACCCCGGCCCCGAUGGCCCCCGUGUACGAAGGUAUGGCCUCACAUGUGCAAGUCUUCUCCCCUCACACCCUUCAAUCAAGUGCCUUCUGUAGUGUGAAGAAACUGAAAGUAGAGCCGCGUUCCACCUGGGACAUGACUGGGUACGGCUCCCACAGCAAAGUCUAUAGCCAGAGCAAGAACAUACCACCUUCUCAGCCAGCCACUACAACCGUCAGCACCUCCUUGCCAAUCCCAAACCCAAGCCUACCUUACGAGCAGACCAUCAUCUUCCCAGGAAGCACCGGGCACAUAGUUGUAACAUCCGCAAGUAGCACUUCUGUCACUGGGCAAGUCCUCGGCGGACCACAUAACCUAAUGCGUCGAAGCACUGUGAGCCUUCUUGAUACCUACCAAAAAUGUGGACUCAAGCGUAAGAGUGAGGAGAUUGAGAACACGAGCAGCGUGCAGAUCAUCGAAGAGCAUCCACCCAUGAUUCAGAAUAAUGCGAGUGGGGCCACUGUAGCCACUGCCACCACAUCGACUGCCACCUCCAAAAACAGUGGUUCCAACAGCGAAGGUGAUUACCAGCUGGUCCAGCAUGAGGUGCUGUGCUCCAUGACCAACACUUACGAAGUUUUAGAAUUCCUGGGCCGAGGGACGUUUGGGCAAGUGGUCAAGUGCUGGAAGCGGGGCACCAAUGAAAUCGUGGCCAUCAAAAUCCUGAAGAACCACCCGUCGUAUGCCCGGCAGGGUCAGAUCGAGGUGAGCAUCCUGGCCCGCUUGAGCACAGAGAGUGCCGACGACUACAACUUUGUCCGCGCCUACGAGUGCUUCCAGCACAAGAACCACACGUGCUUGGUGUUUGAGAUGUUGGAGCAGAACCUCUAUGACUUUCUGAAGCAGAACAAGUUUAGCCCCUUGCCCCUCAAAUACAUUCGCCCAGUCCUCCAGCAGGUAGCCACAGCCCUGAUGAAACUGAAAAGCCUAGGUCUCAUCCAUGCCGACCUCAAACCAGAAAACAUCAUGCUGGUAGAUCCUUCUAGACAGCCGUACAGAGUAAAGGUCAUCGACUUCGGCUCGGCCAGUCACGUGUCCAAGGCUGUGUGUUCCACCUACUUGCAGUCCAGAUAUUACAGGGCCCCUGAGAUCAUCCUUGGUUUACCAUUUUGUGAGGCAAUUGAUAUGUGGUCCCUGGGCUGUGUCAUUGCGGAGCUGUUCCUGGGCUGGCCGCUCUAUCCCGGAGCUUCCGAGUACGAUCAGAUUCGGUAUAUUUCACAAACACAGGGUUUGCCAGCUGAAUAUUUAUUAAGCGCAGGGACAAAGACAACUAGGUUUUUCAACCGUGACACAGACUCGCCGUAUCCUUUGUGGAGGCUGAAGACACCAGAUGACCAUGAAGCAGAGACGGGGAUUAAGUCAAAAGAAGCAAGAAAGUACAUUUUCAACUGUUUAGAUGACAUGGCCCAGGUGAACAUGACAACAGAUUUGGAAGGGAGUGACAUGUUAGUGGAGAAGGCAGACCGGCGGGAGUUCAUCGACCUGUUAAAGAAGAUGCUGACCAUAGAUGCUGAUAAGAGAAUCACUCCAAUUGAAACCCUGAACCACCCCUUUGUCACCAUGACACACCUACUCGAUUUUCCCCACAGUACACACGUCAAAUCAUGUUUCCAGAACAUGGAGAUUUGCAAGCGUCGGGUGAAUAUGUAUGACACGGUGAACCAGAGCAAAACCCCUUUCAUCACACAUGUGGCCCCCAGCACGUCCACCAACCUGACCAUGACCUUCAACAACCAGCUGAACACUGUCCACAACCAGCCCUCAGCGGCAUCCAUGGCCGCAGUGGCCCAGCGGAGCAUGCCCCUGCAGACGGGAACAGCCCAGAUCUGUGCCCGGCCCGACCCCUUCCAGCAAGCUCUCAUCGUGUGUCCACCCGGCUUCCAAGGGUUGCAGGCCUCGCCUUCUAAGCACGCUGGCUAUUCCGUGCGAAUGGAGAAUGCCGUGCCUAUCGUCACUCAAGCCCCAGGAGCGCAGCCUCUUCAGAUCCAACCAGGUCUGCUUGCCCAGCAGGCCUGGCCUAGUGGGACCCAGCAAAUCCUGCUUCCCCCGGCAUGGCAGCAACUGACCGGAGUGGCCACCCACACGUCCGUGCAGCACGCGACUGUCAUUCCCGAGACCAUGGCAGGCACCCAGCAGUUGGCCGACUGGAGGAACACCCACGCUCACGGCAGCCAUUACAAUCCUAUCAUGCAGCAGCCUGCGCUAUUGACUGGUCAUGUGACCCUUCCAGCAGCCCAGCCCUUAAAUGUGGGCGUGGCCCACGUGAUGCGGCAGCAGCCAACCAGCACCACUUCCUCCCGGAAGAGUAAGCAGCACCAGUCCUCUGCGAGAAACGUCUCCACCUGUGAGGUGUCCUCCUCACAGGCCAUCAGCUCCCCUCAGCGGUCCAAGCGCGUCAAGGAGAACACGCCUCCCCGCUGCGCCCUGGUGCACAACAGCCCAGCCUGCAGCUCCUCCGUCACGUGCGGGUGGGGCGACGGGGCCUCCAGCACCACCAGGGAGCGGCAGCGGCAGACGAUUGUCAUUCCUGACACCCCCAGCCCCACGGUCAGCGUCAUCACCAUCAGCAGCGACACGGAUGAGGAGGAGGAACAGAAGCAUGCCCCCACCAGCACCGUCUCCAAGCAGAGAAAAAACGUCAUCAGCUGUGUCACGGUCCACGACUCUCCCUACUCUGACUCCUCCAGCAACACCAGCCCCUACUCCGUGCAGCACCGUGCUGGGCACCACACCAACACCUUUGACACUAAGGGGAGCCUGGAGAACCACUGCACUGGGAACCCCCGAACGAUCAUCGUGCCACCCCUGAAAACCCAGGCCAGCGAAGUGUUGGUGGAAUGUGAUAGUCUGGUGCCAGUCAACACCAGUCAGCACGCGUCUUACAAGUCCAAGUCCUCCAGCAACGUGACCUCCAGCAGCGGUCACUCUUCAGGGAGCUCUUCCGGAGCCAGCGCAUACCGGCAGCCGCGGCCAGGACCGCAUUUCCAGCAGCAGCCUCUCAAUCUUAGCCAGGCUCAGCAGCACAUCACCGCAGAGCGCGCCGGGAGCCACCGCCGGCAGCAGGCCUACAUCACUCCCACGAUGGCUCAGGCCCCGUACUCCUUCCCGCACAACAGCCCCAGCCACGGCACUGUGCACCCCCACCUGGCCGCCGCUGCCGCAGCAGCCCACCUCCCCACCCAGCCCCACCUCUACACCUACACGGCGCCCGCGGCCUUGGGCUCCACCGGCACCGUGGCCCACCUGGUGGCCUCCCAAGGCUCGGCACGUCACACCGUGCAGCACACUGCCUACCCGGCCAGCAUCGUCCACCAGGUCCCCGUGAGCAUGGGCCCCCGGGUCCUGCCCUCGCCCACCAUCCACCCGAGUCAGUAUCCAGCCCAGUUUGCCCACCAGACCUACAUCAGCGCCUCUCCAGCCUCCACCGUCUACACUGGAUACCCACUGAGCCCCGCCAAGGUCAACCAGUACCCUUACAUAUAA